GACAAAUAUUGUAUAGCAUAGUGGUAGAUCUCCUAAAAAGGUAAUAGCGGGCUAUUAGCUGGCUAUUUUGUACAUUGAUGACAUGGCAGCUAGUAUAAAGAAAUAAGUGACUGAUCUGACGUGGACUGGACUGGGAGUUUCCUGACUUUAAGUUUUACACGCAGCUGACUACCCAUAAAUGGAGGCGGAACCGGGCGUUUCUAAGUACCCGUGAUCCCAUUAUCUGUUCAAAACAAAAAGUGGCCCUGAUCCUGCUCCCAGAGCGAAGACCCUUGCACUCUCGCGCGUCUUUUAGGUCGCAGAGCCUGGGGCACACAAGCCAUGGCCGGAGCAUGGACGAAGCGCGGCAGCGGCAUGCCGGCGCUGGGGUGGUGGCUCAUCGCCGUCGGCGUCUUCCGCUCCGCCUACACCUGGUCCUGCUUCUUCGGCUCCGCGGCGAUGUGCUCGGCCAUCUACUCCGAGAUGCCGAUGACCGGCGAACACGGGCGAACGGUCGCGGUGUGGACUCUGCUGUCCUGCACGCUGUGCUUCCUGUGCGCCUUCAACCUCGGGAACAAGCCGCUCUACGCAGCCACCUUCCUGUCCUUCCUCUACGCCAUCAGCUACCUAACCGUCGAGUGCCUGGUGUACCACACCAUCCGUGCGGCUAGACUCCCCCUGUUCAUACUCAUCGCAGGGACAUCCAUGGUUUGGAUGCUUCUUGAGUGGAACACCAACGGGCAUGGACGACCCCGUCCCCGUGAGGCUACCAAGAAGCACUGAUCAUGGUUCUUUUCCCGUCAAAAUAAAAUAGUGGACAUCUUCUGUAACAAUUAAUAUAAUGUGUAAUGUUUUAGGAUACUUUGCAGUGUCUCACACUUGGCUUCUACUACUAUGGUUCAAUCAUUCAAGUAUUCAAUGUAUUCAUGCAACAUGGAAUUAUGUAAUGCUUUUUUUUUUGUAUUUCUUCUCUAUUUGUUGCGGCAGCGGCAACUGGCCAGGGAGUGCUUCCUCUGCCCUCUCUUCAUUCCAAAUUGUAGGUUAUGUUAGCUUUUUUAGAUACGUAGAUUUUACUAAGGUU